GUGUGUGCCUGGUUUGGUGUACAGGUACAGCAGGAGGAGAUAAAUGUGUAGAUAUCUCACAGUACACUCCAGUACUGUACAAGCUGAACACUCUAGAGAUAUGUUACACAAACAUACAAACAAUUUGUCAGACCAAGACAGAGCAGGUUUGCAGUACAGUAGAAGAGUUUAAAUGUCAGCUGACGCCAAAGAUUGAUUGUCAAACUAAGCAAAGUACAAUUCAGGUCAGACAAGAUGCUGUAAAGAACAGUGUGUACACCAGUAAAGUAUGUAGAUCUGUUGGGAAUCAUUAUCUUACAGAGACUCACUACACUCCACAGUGUUUAAAUGUUACAAAAGAGGUUUGUGAGGAGAAAUGGGUUCUAAACAGUGCUGGAGAACAGUUUCUUGAAGGGAAAUAUAACUGUGUAAACACAACUAGUCAAGAUUGUGAAAUCCAGGAGUAUCCUGUAAACAUCGCAGUCCCCAGGAUUGUAUGCGAGGAAGAGCAAGACUAUUUUUAUCCAACCGUGGAUAAAAACCUGGAAAAAAUGACCCUGGUUAACACUGCCUGUACUCCUAUUCUUGUGAAGGAGUGUAGUGUAGAGGAGAGGAAUGAAUGUAUCCAUGUAUCCUGGGAAGAAUGUUCCCAAGUUCCAGUCCCUGUUUGUUUCAAGGGAAUAACACAGUCCGAACCUUAUCAGGAGCUUAAACAUAACCAAAGGUGUCUCCUGGAAACCAGUGUCGAGGGAGGAAGCGCAGCCCCUCCUCAGUUUAUCACGGUGGAGGAGGGGAGGGCAAAAUCACUUCUCCCGGAUCUGGAAGCGGAAAUGAAGAUCCGGAGCGGGAAAUCUUUUGCGAAUAUUCUUGAAAAUGGAGAUAUCGAUCAUUUAUCGCAUUUGUACGAUUUGUCCAACAUGGAAACCCAAGAUGUACUUCAUGAACCCGGCCUAGAUGCAGAUAUUGAAGACGAUCUAACGAAAUAUGUUCAGUCAGAUGGCCGUGUACACUCCCCGGAGAAUACUGAGAGCUUAGUAAACGAGAAGAUGUGUAUCAGGCUUGGAUUUGAAAAAUCUAAAACUUUAAAAACCAAGAAAUAUUUUGAAGCUAAGAAUGAGAAUGAAAGUGGCAACAGCAACCAGAAAUAUUCAG